AGUGGAGUUAAGAAUAAGUACUUGAAGGUGGGAGUAGUAUUGUAGUUGUCUUCGCAACUUGUUUCCUGCUUGUUGUCUUUUCCUUUUUUCAUUGCUUUUAGAAUUAACAGGUUGUAUUAUUGGUAAAGUACCUCUGCCGGUGGAAGUUUUUUUCCAAUGGGGAAGUUUAUAGCGCUGCUUAUUUUUGUACUGUUUGGGUUACAAACAUGUCUGAGUGACACUCCAGCAAACUGCAGUUACGAGGACCUCGUGGGUACUUGGGUGUUCCAAGUUGGAAAAAGUGGACAAGAUAGAAAUAUUAAUUGUACAGAGUUGGGUCCAAUCCAAUCCAAGGUUGUGGUGCAUCUUCAGAAACUUGAUUUAGCACAGGAUGAUCUGGGCCACUCUGGUUUCUUCACCAUAAUUUACAAUCAGGGGUUUGAAGUUGUGCUUAAUGGCUAUAAGUGGUUUGCAUUUUUCAAGUACACCAAAGUAGGAGAAAAUGUGACAAGCUACUGUCAUGAUACCUUACCUGGCUGGGUUCAUGAUGCGCUGAACAACAACUGGGCAUGCUUCGUUGGGAAAAAGAUGUCUUCAGUACCUUACAGCGUUACUGCUAGGACAGCACAAUCUCGGGAACAUAUAGAAAGGUUAUCUGCGAGACCAUACUUGCAUAAUGCUGACUUUGUGGCUGCAAUAAACACUGUUCAGAAGUCUUGGACUGCAACCAGGUACAAGGAAUACGAAACUCUUACCAUUCAAGAACUAAUGAAGAGAGCUGGUGGUCGUAGCUCCAGAAUUCCUAGAAGAGUAAGACCUGCUGCUAUGACGGAUGAUUUGGCUAAACUUGCUUCUAGCAUGCCAGAAUCUUGGGACUGGAGGAAUGUCAGAGGAGUUAACUAUGUCACACCAGUUCGAAAUCAAGGUAGCUGUGGUAGUUGCUAUUCCUUUUCCUCAAUGGGAAUGUUGGAGGCCAGAAUUCGCAUCCUUACGAACAACACACAGACCCCUAUCUUCAGUACACAGCAGAUUGUUUCCUGCAGUGAAUACUCUCAAGGCUGUGCUGGUGGAUUCCCUUACUUGAUUGCUGGAAAGUACAGUCAAGACUUUGGAAUUGUUGAAGAAGAAUGCUUCCCUUACAUAGGCAAAGAUUCACCAUGUACCAUCAAAGAUGGCUGCUAUCGGUAUUAUGCAUCAGAGUACCAUUAUGUCGGUGGAUUUUAUGGAGCAUGCAAUGAAGCACUAAUGAAAGUUGAGUUAAUAAGACAUGGACCUUUGAGUGUUGCUUUUGAAGUUUAUGAUGACUUUUUGCUUUACAGAGGAGGCAUUUACCACCAUACAGGGCUGAAUGAUCCAUUCAACCCAUUUGAGUUAACCAAUCAUGCUGUCCUUUUAGUGGGUUAUGGUGCUGAUGAGACAGGCGAGAAGUACUGGAUAGUGAAAAACAGCUGGGGAGCAUCAUGGGGUGAAGAUGGAUACUUCAGGAUCCGUAGAGGAACAGAUGAAUGUGCUAUUGAAAGCAUUGCAGUGUCUGCAACCCCCAUUCCCAAGCUGUAAGAUUUACAGCACUAUUUUAACUAUAAAUCAUGCAGUCUUAAAUUUUAAGAUUUAUCAGUCAUUUAAAAUUGAUCACACGUUUUACAAGGCAAAUAGUUAAUUGCAGUUUGUAUUUCCAAUAGUUGAUUGAAGAGCGUUUUUAAGAUUCGCUUUUAAGAUUUUUGCAGUACAUGACUGGGUUUUUAUUGCUAGGACAAUUACAAGGGAAUGACGCGACUUGAAAUGCAGUUGUACAGUUAUUUUUAAGUGCAAUAUUUAAUUCGGUCACUUUUGCAGAAAACAAAAUUGCAGUGUACUCUUAACUGAAGCUUUAAAUAUUGUUGCCUGCCCCUCUUUUUGAAAGAGGAAGGUCUUACAUUUUUACCAAAUAAGAGCAAAUUAAUUGAAUGUUCUGCACCGGAGCUGGGUGGUGCAACAGAUUUUUAUAUUGCAUAUUUUUUUUAAUGUAAACGGUGUGUACACAUUAUAGGUUUUCUUGUGUCGAGUAUAAAAGUUGUACUGUUUUUACCAGAACUCCUAUGAAUGUUUGUAUUUUAUGUAAUUUCAUGAUGCAGUGUGUGAUGGGUUUAUGAUUUUACAUCUUGGGAAUACAUAUCCGCAUUUAAAAAUGUCAAUGGCAAACAGAGGUGUCAUAAACUUAUAAUUUUGUUUUAAUGUAAUGAAAGUCCAAAAAUUAUAGGACAUAACAUUGAUUCUUAGGAAUGGUGCCUUUUCAACCUCUGACAUGCUCUUUUUUUUUUUUUUUUUUAAAUUGUGCAUUAGUAAUGCAAAACCUUAGUUAAAAUCUGAAAAGGGGACACUUUAUAAAGGAAGAAAUUAUUUUGUGCUGCAUUUUCAAACUGUUAAUUACUUUUGUACCAAUAAAAAUCUUAUUUGACAUUCAUGA